GAGCAUAUCAGGGCCAUGUGGGCCAUCGCAAUACUGGUGUGUCUUGUCGCCUUCUAUGUCUGCAAGAGGAUUCGGAAUCAUUCUAGCAAGCUGCCGCCAGGGCCGUUCAACAUCCCGCUACUGGGCAGCUGGGAGUUCAUCAAGCUGUACCUCUGUGACGGCGACAUGGCGCGCAUGUACGAGCGGCUCGGCGCCCGCUACGGACCGGUCGUGUUUCUGCGCGUGGCCAUGGACACGCCGGUGGUGGCCAUCCGCACCUACGAGGCCAUCAAGGAGGCGUCCAAGGACCUGCAGCUGGGUGCCAUCGGCGGGUCGUAUCUGUACCGUCAGAUGAGCGCGUGGCACAACCUCGGGCUCAGCUUCGCCGAGGGCAAGAACUGGCAUGACAACCGGCGCUUCACCAUCAACACGCUGGGGAAGCUCGGCUUCACCAGGCGGAAGAUCGAGCCGCUGGUGGCGCACGAGUGCGCGAUGACGGUGCAGAAGCUGACUGAAGCGGCCGGCCAGCCGGUGGACUCGCACCAGAUCCUGCCGGCGGCGGCGCUGAACAGCAUACUGCAGCUCCUUAUGAGCAGGAGGUUCGAGCUCGACGACCACCAGGUGCUGAGGAUGCGGAGUGACAGCGUCACUCUGUUCAGCAUCAUGGCCAAGAUUCAGACGUACCUGGACUUCGCGCCAUGGCUGAACAAACUCGCCGGCAAAGACUCAGUCAGCAACGAACUCAAUCGAGUCAUGGGCUCCUUCUACGAGUUUGUUGACCAGGUCAUCGCUGAACACGAGGAAACCUUCAAUGAAGACGAGGAGCCUCGUGACCUGUUGGACGCCUACCUCGCCGCUCGGAGUCAGGGCCGCACGGACCAGGACCUCUCGAGGGCCAACCUGCGGGUGCUGAUGAAGGACCUGAUCGUGGGCGGCCUGGAAGGGCCGUACACGACGCUCUCGUGGCUGCUGCUGCUGCUCGCCGAGCACCGGGACGUGCAGCAGCGCGUGCAGGACGAGCUGGACGCCGCCGUGGGCGCCGACCGGACGCCCACCAUCGAGGACCAGCACGCCUGUCCGCUCACACUGGCCGCCAUCGACGAGACGCUCCGCUACGUGACGCUGACUCCGUUCAACCGGCACUUCGCGGCGGCCGGCGGCGCCACCCUGCAGGGCUACCACAUCCCCGCCGGCAGCGUCAUCCUGGUGGACAUCAACUCGCUGCACCACGACCCGGCCGUGUGGGGCGACCCGGACGUGUUCCGGCCGGACCGCUUCCUCGGGGAGGAGGGCGCCCGGCUGCGUCACCGGGUGCGUGGCUUCGGCCUGAGCCCGCGCUCCUGUCCGGCGGAGCCCUACAGUCGCACCAUGCUGUUCCUGUUCGCGGCGGGGCUGCUGCAGAGGAUGACGCUGCGCCUGCCGGACGGCCAGCAGCGGAUGACCGCCGGCCAGGGCUACUCGGUCACCCUGCAACCCGGUCAGACCAUGGUGAUCGGCCAUCCGCGCUGACGCCCGAACGGCAGCGACGACUGGGAGGGGACGAGUGGGUAUGUCGGAGACUCCUGCAGUUCGGGCCAGUUGUCAGUAAAUGUAUGUACACUGUACAGGUAGGUACUGUUGCCAGCAAUAGGUCAUUUUGAAGCAUGAAUAGGUAUAUUGGGUGCCGUCGCUUGUAGUUAUGCUGAAUACACACUUACCUACUUUGACAGUA